CCUAGUAUUUCUAAUCUUUGAAAUUCAUGUCUGCAAUUCUCAGUGAACUGUUUCUUUCGGGGUUUAUGAUAAAUUCCACAUAUAGGCGCAGGACCCAUUUGGUGCAAUCUUUCUCAGUUGUUUUCCUCUACUGGUUUUACUACAUUUCAUGAUUUUCCUCCUCUCCCCCUAAAUAAGUACUUCUCUUAUAUAUA